AUGGCUUUUUUUGAGUUGCUCGUCUCUCUAGAUUAUGAAACUGGGUGCAGAUUUCAACGACAACGCCCCCUUUCUCUUUCCGGUUCAACUGUUGGGCAGUUCGGCGCUACUGAUUCAGAAAUCGACAUUCGGCCAUCGCAACGCUUACCUACCACCCGUGGUCGAGUUGUGUCAGGUGAUCCGAGAGUGGAGCUUAUCACUUCAGCGCGUCAGUUGCGAGCCGCCCCCACUCCUCCUACCGCCCGGAUCCGCUCACCUUCUUCUGCCGCAUCUAAGUUUGAGUCUACAAUAUAA